UGGGAAAUCCAGUGCUUUCAUUUCAUACCCUGAGCUCAGGGAUAAACACGAAGCAGGAAAAUUCCCACUUCUACUCACCUGCCAGGCUAUGAAAAUAACCCCAUGGGCUGAAGCAUCUGCAGAAUAAACUGGAGUGGGAAAGCUUACAGUUUACAGCUGAAGUCCUUUUCUUGCAAGAUUGCCAGCUGCUGGAAGUGACUUUACUAGGGAACAAAGCAGUCAGGGAUCGAAAACUUAUUCUGGAUGCUUGUCAGCUUUCAGAAUAAUACCAAAACGCUGGACGUCUACAGCAUCUUUCACUUCAGGAUCUCAGACAUCUGAGACACACGCCUGAUGGGCUCCCUCCAGAAAACAGCUGCAUGCCUCCUGUUCCUGUCCAUUUUCUCAAGUGCCUCCCACGGCCAACUUGCAACCUUCAUCUGCAGUGAUGUCAAGACAGAAUAUAACAAAACGGCAACAAUUUCAUGCAUUAGCAGCAAGAAGAUUACAAAUGUGUUCGUUAAGCGCUGUGAAAAUUGUAAUAAACAGACCUCGUGCUUAGAAAGUGUUAUAAACACGUGGGCAGGAAAGAAUUCCAGUGAAGAGGGAAGAAUUCGGUUGGUGCUACAACACAACGUUUCUGAAGUGCACAUACAGGAAGUAAAAGCAACUGAUGAAGGAGGUUAUAAAUGGCAUCUUCAUUCUGAAGCUGGGGAACGCGAUGGGUGCACAACCCUUGAGAUUACAGCUCCAGAAACUGAGCCUAAUCUCACUAGGAACGGAACAAAGCUCACCUGCCUGUCACCUCUAGGGCAUCGACAAAGGGAGAUCCAUUGGUUCGAUGGCCACGGGACUAACCUGACGGGCAGUGCAAGCCUGGUAUCUGAGGAAGCAGAAGGUGGCUUAACCAGCCUUACCAGCACUCUCCAUGAGAAAUCCAACUUAACUGCCUCAGAGUAUUGCUGUACUGUGCUGUAUGAUGUGCACACCAAGAGAAACAAAACCAAGUGCCUUAGUGCCCACAAAGCAGUCGCUGAUUACCUUCAUUUUACUUCAACCACAGAUCCGGAAAGUCCGAAGACCAUGAAAGAGCAUGUUGCCACCAUUCUAGUGCUCCUCUUUCUGGUUCUCUGCUCUUUUGCAGCUGUUCUAUACUACAAGUACCGCCAGCGAGCAAUGGCCAGAGGGAAUUUUGCAGACGUAUUAAGGAACCUCCUUCCAGUUUUGAGACAAUAUGAAAGAGCACAAGAAAAUGUACUUAACCAAGAAGUCUGACGUGUGAAACAAGAUGGCUCCUGAUAGGAAACAAUGAUGAUCCAGCCUGCAUCAAUGCAACUGAAUUUAAGCAAAGCAGUAGAUACAGAAACUGAGACAUUCAGUACAUACACACUCAGCAAUCAAACAAUGUGAAGAAACAUUCUCCUCUCUGUUUCACUGGUCUGAUAAUUUGCGCAAAGUUCUUUCCCUCCCUGAAACACUGAUGCUUUAAGGCCAUAUUUUCCCCACUUUUGAUGGAAUCAAAGCUUUGUUUCCUACCUUAAUAGCCAGCCCUUUAGGAUGGGCUAAUACGGCAGCUAGAUGUAUGUAGCAUUGUAUCCCCCAAUUAACCUGCAGCCAUCAGGACAUAAGUGCAGUGCACGAUCACAAAGACUUUGUGGUGCAAGUGCCAAUCUAAUUUACCAACCAAAUGUUGUGUUGUGAAGGGGCUGCAGAACUGGGAACCAUCCCCCGAAUCAGAACCGACUUCAAUUACUUGCAAGAGUUGUAUGAUGAAUGGACACACUGAAGAGAAAAUGAAUGUAAAUGGGGCCCUAACUUCACAAGUAGAUUGCAGAAAUUAAUUGCACUGAUUUACUUUCUACAUAUGAUAAAAAAUAUGGAAAGAAAGUGGGAAAUCUUGUUUUGUUUAGAUAGUAGGGUGAUUAAACGACAUGCAGCUAAUUUACACUAGAACUGAGGAGCUAAAUUGUUGGUAUUGCAAUGAUGGGAAAUUUCUGUUGACUGAAUAGUGUAGCCUCAGCCAUAUACUGUCAGUAGUGCUGCUGGGGUCUUGGCACUUUUGAAAAUCAGGGCUUUUAAUCAGGUAAUUAAAACAUGGAUUUAGGACACUAACUUUAGGCAUCCAUUGAAAAAAAUCUUGGCCAUUGAUUUUAUCCAAAUGUCUUGCUAUGUUGAAAGACACAGAGAUACCUGCCUUCCUCCCUCCGGCUGAAACCAAUGGCAGAUUCCCAUAGGGCCAGAUUUUAGUAAUUUUUUCCAAACACUCUUUGGGGAAAGGCCAGGCCUUUUGAAACCCCUGUUUAAAUAAACUUAAUUGACAGUUGCACCAGUGGUUGCUGGGAAUUGUAGUACCCACCAGGCUUAAACAACUCCUCCUCAAGCAGACAUAGAGCUGCCUAAGAUGCCAGGGAACCUUGUCCUAGAUAACUAGUGUGUGUUUGGGAGACUCUGUUUUGUCUUCCUCGGAAAUGUUCACUAUUUGUUGCUAUUCGAGGUAAAACACUAUCCUUGAUGGGCCACUGGGCUGAGCCUAUAUUUCUGUGACACUCCAGUUACCUACCAGCAACACAAAGGCCUGUACAUGGUUAUGUCAGAACCUGGAGGUGGGAAGAUUUGUGAGACUAUUCAUCCUCCUGUCAAUGGGUGCCUCCAUCGCUGCCCAGCUUACCGUACCUCCAGGCCAGUUUGUGUCGACUCACAGUCACAAACACAUGCCCGGCCCUUACCCUUUCACCAGGGGUGUAUUUAUUCUUUCCUUACACGCUGUGAGGAUUUCAGUGCAGGGUUAUAGCAAGAGGAGGCUUCCAUGCCACCUUCACUCCUCAGCCCAGGCUCACCCUUUCAGCUCCCCGUGCUUCCUGUUCCUCCCAUUUACAGCCUCCCAGUUACCUCGUUAGGCCAGUGAAUAGCACCCAGGGGCUCAUAAUCCCCCAAUAGAAAGUGUCUAAUUGGCUUCAAUUAAUCCUGCGCUCUUGCCAGUGCUGCAGCAAACUCAGUGACCAGGGUGCUAUUAAUAGCACCCUGUCACACCUCCUCUGGUUGAGUUUUAAACCAGUAAUUAGGCCCAGGACCUAGCUUCUUCAGGGCAGGAAGCUGCAGAUACAAAAUUCCAUCCAAACAGCCAGCCAUCCCAUGACCAGGUAUCCACUGGUUUUGUCUCAGGAAUCUGUUAGUCAAAGAGGUAGAUCUUCUUGUCAUUGCUAUGCUGAUUCAGUCUUUCUGUUAAUUAAGGCCAAAGGCAUAUCUGCAAUUAUAGUGUAUUUUACGUACAUAAUGACAGGUUUCAGAGUAGCAGCCGUGUUAGUCCAUAUUCGCAAAAAGAAAAGGAGUACUUGUGGCUCAAAUAAAUUGGUUAGUCUCUAAGGUGCCACAAGUACUCCUUUUCUUUUUACGUACAUAGCAAGUCAUGCGUAUAGAGCCAAAGGUAAUGCAAAGCAAAGUCUGACACUGUCCUUUCAGAUUCUGGAGCAUCAAACCCAUAAUGGCAAUUCCAGUCGGCUCUUUUUGAAUCUUUCAGUUGGUCUGUGUUGGUUUCUAGCGCUGGGCCAGACAUCAGUAGCCCAAUAAUGAAACUAUUGCUCCGUGCCAAUAAUACGAGUAUCGUUCUGUGCCAAAACUUUUUUUGCCAGCAGAAUCAGUAGAAACCAGAUACAAAUUUUCAAAUGGAAUUUCCAUUAGUGACAUUUUAAAAAUGUGAACCAAACUUAUUCUUUUUCCACUCAAGUUGCCACAGGAGCUUGUGUUCCAGAAUUAGCUCUAGCAUUGUCUCUGGCUGUGGAUAGCAUUUUCUUUCUUGACAUUUUUUUACUUCAUGGCAACACUAAUUACUUGUGGUUUAUUUCUGUAAGAAAUCAUUUUGAAUUAAUUUUGCAGUAUCAGUGAUAAGAAUAUUAUAUAUUUUUU